AGAUGACACUGCUUUCUGCUAUUUAAAUACGAAUAGCAAUCGAACGAAUCCCCGGUCCGCGCUGGACAGAUCCAAUAUUGUGUUAUUUUAUUGUUUGAUAGUAUUGCAGAUUAUGCAAGCUGUGAAGGUGUUGCGAUGUUCUCUUACUGUUCGAAGCUCUGUCAUCUUUAAAGAGCUCUUGAACCAUUCACUUCUUUACAAUCAAAUUUACAGCAAUCAUCAGCAAGGACACUUCUUUGCAACCAUGACAUUUGCUCAGGACAAAGACAAAUAUCUCAACAUGUCUUUGGAUGCAAAGCGCAAGAUCUAUAAGUGUACUAGUGAUGGAUUUAAUACACUGUCCGACAUUGAGACCUGGCCAGAAUACCUCCAACAGCAUCAGAGCCGUUUAGCAUCUCAAUUUGCAAACUGCAAAGAAAAGGCUGGUGUUGAGAAGAAGGUUGUUAGGCCAGAACUGGCAGCUAAGGUGUCUCUGUGGAAAGGAGACAUCACUACCCUUGAAAUUGACAGUAUUGUCAAUGCUGCCAAUAAGUCUCUUCUUGGAGGUGGAGGUGUUGAUGGCGCCAUACAUCGUGCUGCAGGAGGCUCAUUGAAAGAGGAAUGCCGCUCACUGGAGGGAUGUAAAGUUGGCGAAGCAAAAAUCACAGGGGGCUAUAUGCUACCCUCUAAAUAUGUAAUUCAUACUGUAGGACCGCAAGGAGAAAAACCCAAAGAUCUACAAAGUUGUUAUGAAUCAUGUUUAGCCCUGAUGAAAGAAAAUAACCUGAAGUCUAUCGCUUUUCCCUGCAUAUCUACUGGCAUCUAUGGUUAUCCUCAAGAUGCUGCAGCUAAAGUGGCUUUGCAAGCUGUACGUACAUAUAUGGAAGGAAAUCAUGAAGAGGUGGAUCGUAUUAUCUUUUGUGUGUUUCUACCAGCAGACGUUACAAUUUAUGAAAAUCUGCUCCAGCUCUUUUUCCCAACAACUUAGGCCUGUUUAAAGCCUUUCUUUUCCAAGUGUUAAAUCUGUGUGAUUUAAAUGACUCUUUUACGGAUGUCCUAUGGAUUUAGAUUUUAAUAAUCCACAUUUGUGAUAUUUCUUUGACUUAUUUAUUUACUUAGCUUCUGAAUCUUGUAGUGCAUAUAUUACAUGGUGUGCCUUAUCUUAAUGCUCACUAUUGUUGGUUGUGAGACUUCAUGAAAAUAAUCUACCUGCUAAUUAAUUUUAAAACUAAUUUUAGAGACAAGCAUGCAUUGUCAUUACUUUUUAUGAACUGUUGAUUCAACAAAAUAUCAAAUCCUGCAAUGGGUCACACACCAUUUAGAAAAUACUUUUGUCAUAAAACAGCCUGUUCACCUUGGCUCUCUGCUAAGUGUGGUGUGGCAUCGCUAACCAAAUCUUUAAAAAAUACAAAUCUCAAGCUCCAACCCCAUA